AUCGACUUGUGUAGAUUUUUUAAAUAAAUAUGAAAGUAAUGAUUACAAUUACGUUAUUUUAGUCUUCUAAUUAAAUAAAUUUUGUAAUUAAAUAAAUCCGAUAUUACUAAUUCGAUAAUAACAGUUAUUAGUUAAAAAAAAAACAAGUUAAAAUAAUCCAAACGAUUGUCGACGAAUAAGCGAAAUGAUUUUAGUUUUACAUUUUACUACAGGUUAAGUUGGCGUAUAAGAUUUUUGUUUUAGUUUGAGAAUUAUUUACGUUGAAAAUAGAAGAAAUUGCAAAAUGAAUAUUUUGCCAGGAACGGCGUCUCUCCUAGAAGAACUUGACAAAAAACUUAUGGUUUUACUAAGAGAUGGCAGAACUUUAAUUGGAUAUCUUAGAAGUGUUGAUCAAUUUGCUAAUAUUGUGCUUCAUCGUACAAUUGAAAGAAUUCAUGUUGGCAAAGAAUAUGGAGACAUCCCAAGAGGCAUUUUUAUUGUCAGAGGAGAAAAUGUUGUUCUUUUGGGAGAAAUUGACAGAGAUAAAGAAAGAGAUUUACCAUUGACUGAAGUAUCUGUUGAUGAUAUCUUAGAUGCACAAAGGCGAGAACAAGAAUUAAAACAAGAUCAGAAACGAUUAAUAAAUAAAACUUUGAAAGAACGAGGUUUAUCAUACAUACCAGAUAUGGGUCAUGAUGAUAUGUUCUGACCUAUAUCUACAUCCUUGACUACUAAUACAUUGUCAUCUACAUCUUCACAUAAUUCU